CCGGUGUUCCUGGCUGUCCCGGGUGGGAGCCAUGGCCGGGGAGCGUCGCGGGUGGAGAGGCCACAUCUCCCGGGAGCUGAAGCACCGCGACCGGGAGCAGAAGGGGCGCUUCCAGACCCUCGUCCACGCCUAUAGCAAACUCCUGGAAAAAUCCAGUUGGGAAAAUUUUGCAGCGGAGCUACAAGCGAAAUCCUUGGAUGGAGCAAUGGGCCUCCUUCCUCCCAGGUCCAUGGAGGAGAUUCCCGGCUGCGCGUUGGAUGCUCACCCAGACACAACCGAAGCGGUGCUGAGCCUGAAGCGGAGCCAUGCAGGCCAGAGGCUGCGCAUAGAGAGCACCAAUGGGGAGCUGGCCUACAAGAUCUAUGAGCGGAACAUGUUGCUCAGAGCGAAAGGGGACACGUUGGAGGAGCAGAAAGACAGGUUGGUCUACCUGGAAGGUGAGCUCUCCAGCCUGGAGUCUGCGCGGGACCAGCUCCGGGGCCAAGUCUCAGAUCUGGACCUCAGGAAUGUCGACUUGAAGGAGGCGUAUGAUGCGCUGCGACGGCGCUAUUGGCACGGAGAAGAUGCCUUUCGUCAGGCGGCCGAGAAGGGAGCAGAGCUGCUCCACGGCCUCAUGCAAAGCAAGGUGGACGCAGCCGAGCAUCAAAAUGAGCGCAUUGAGAGGGCGAAGCAUGCCAGGGUGUGCAAGGAGCUGAAGAAGGCCACCAAGGCAAGGGUCAGCGUGAAAGUAGAACUGGACGUUGCAAAGGCAGAUCAGGAGAAGAUGGACAACCCAGAUCUUCUGGACGAGCAGGAUGGAGAAAGGUCGAAGAAAAGGCCUUUCAGAUCCGCAUCUGCCACCUCCAUGACCCUGGCCAGAUACGUGGACGUUUUCAAGGGCUUGUUUGAUUUCAGGCUGAAACGGGGCAACUCCGUCAGCAACAUGUCAGAGGACCACUAUUGCCGCAUCCCUUGUUGCGCGGUGGCCAGCCUCCCUUCCCACGUCAGCGACUUACAGGAAGCCCAUGGAUCAGAAGUCAAUGCUAUCAGGUUCAGUCCUAAUUCAGGGAUGUUGGCAACUGGCGGGACGGACAGGCUGAUCCAACUCUGGAACGUGGUUGGAGGUCGCCUGGAGAAGAUGCAGACCUUGGAAGGAGCCAACGGGAGCAUCACCAGUGUGGACUUUGACCCAUCGGGUUGCCACCUUUUAGCAGCAACAUACAACAAUGCCGCGCAGCUUUGGAAGACGGGGGACUGUCAAUGCAAGGAGAUCCUCACCGGACACACAGACAAAGUGACCGCCGCCAAGUUCAGGUCCACCCGGCACCAGGCCGUGACUGGCAGCCGCGACCGGACUGUGAAGGAGUGGGAUUUGAACAAAGGAGCAUGUUCCAGGACCAUUGAUGUCUUCUCCUACUGCAACGAUGUGGUAUGCUGUGGGACCAUCAUCGUCAGCGGGCACCACGACAAGACCAUCCGCUUUUGGGACAGCAGGGAUGUCCGCUGCACGCAGGUGAUCCCUGUGGAAGGUACAGUCACCUCCCUGAGCAUCAGUCCGGACCAGAUGCACCUCCUGAGCUGCUCCAGAGACAACGCCCUCAAAGUCAUUGACCUGCGCAUGCACAACGUCCGGCAGGUGCUCAGGGCUGAUGGCUUCAAGUGUGGUUCAGAUGGGACCAAAGCGGUCUUCAGCCCAGAUAAGAGCUAUGCCAUGGUUGGAUCCACAAAUGGAAGCCUCUUCAUCUGGAACAUGGGGACCGGGAAGCUGGAGACCACUUUGUCCGGAGAGCAUUGGUCUCCCGUAAACGCUGUGGCUUGGAGUUCCUCCGGAACAUACGUGGGGAGCGUGGACCGUUGCAGGAAGUUGGUUCUGUGGAGAUAGCGCCGGAUUUACGGACCCCUUCUGCCUCUCCAAGCUGGCCUUGCUUUGGACUUCUGGGCAUCCAUGAAUUUUUGCAAGAGGAUGGGAUAAAUUCUUGCUAAUUGCUGUCUGCUCCUACUUGGCCAGUGCUGACCUCUGUUCACAUCUCUGCUCAGGUCGUGCAGACUCCUGGAUUCCAUGAAUGAAAUCGUUUCCAUCUGUAGCGCAACCUCUCUUUUCCUACCACUGCCGGGUUCUUUCUAAUUGUUGUUGGCCAAAGGAAAAAUAACCGGAAAACAGGAUCAUGCUGUGAUGAGAGGAUUAGACCUGGAGAGGCACCCGUUCUGAUUUGUAGUCUUCCAAGAAACUAUUCUGGGAGAGCCAUGCUUGCAGUGUAACUGGAAUGUUAGGAAGGAGGGAAUGAGAGGGAGGGAGGGAGGGAG